AUGCUAAGCAAAGUCAUAACUCGUGCUCCCAACUUUUUGAAGAGUCACUUGAUAUACUCCCACUGUUCCUUACUAAAUCUCUUGAUAGAAAAGACAGUCUUUGCUGGCAUUAGAUUUAAAGGAUCUAACCGUUUUCUUUCAUGUACCACAAGUGAAGAGUUGAGUCCUGUCGUCAGAACCACAAAUCAGUAUGCCAAAAAUAGUACUACCCAUCUAAGUACUAUUGAAGAUUUACAAAAUUUUGUGUCACAUCCUAAUACAACGGUCAACGAUAUUUUGGAUAUUGAUAUACGUUUGCUACCUUCUGAAGCAUGUAUGAUGUGUUUAGAAGCUUUACUAAGAAUUCAAAAUCGACCUAAUGAUUUGUUAAUUCGAAAUAUUCAAAAUGAUUUGAGGAAUUCUAUUGCAACUGAUGGUGAUUGGCCUUCACAUUAUAUAAAAUUGGAGCAUAUAACAAGAUGGCACCAAUUUGAUAUAGGAAUUAAUUCAUUUCAUAAUAAUGUUGAUCAUGACUAUUCUUGGAUGGAUUCCGAAAAAUUCGAUCUUUUGUUAUUAACAACUGCGGCUUGUGCUGAAAGUUUACCUACUGAAUCCUUGUUAAAGCUAUCUGGAUAUUUUCAGUAUUUUUGGAAUAAAUAUGAACCAAAAGUGUACGCAUCAGUACUACGUCAUCUCAAUAAUCAGAUUAAUGAAUUAUCAUGUAUACAGUUGGCUCAAUUGGCGCAUAUAUUAUCUGAUUUGGAUGAUCAUCGACUUCCUAUAAUCACUGGGGAAUUACAUACUGAGAUUGACUUAUUGAGAUCAGCAAUUUCUAUUCAUUUAUUGGCAAAAAAAGAGAUAUUAAGUUCCAUAGAUCCUACAGUGGCAAUUCGUAUGAUAUACGAUUUAAGACAGGCACUUUCACAUGAUCAAAGAUUGAUUUUAUUUGAUCCUAUUUAUCAUAAUCUUAUAUUGAAUGGUGUACAGUGGAAUUUGUAUACAGUUGUUUUUCUACUGCUUCAUGCAUGUAAACUAAAGAUCUGUAAAUUGUCAAUAAUAAAAAGUUGCCUAAGCAAAAUACCACGUAAACUACGAAUAUCAAAUUAUCAUCCUAGUAUAAAUCAAUCUCAGUGGAUUAAUGCUAUUCUUGCUGCUUUAGCCAAUUAUACAGUUAGUUUUCAUGGUAUAAGUGAAAAUUGUGAAGAAGAAUUACUACAUUUCAUUGAACCACCAUAUCGUAGACACAUCAAUGAUACAAGACCAAUAUGUAGUAAUUUAUUUAGUGCUUACGAAAUAUUUACUUCAAGUUGGGUUAAAAAAUUAUUCGAUAAUAUAUCUCAGCAUAUUACAAGUCAACAAAUAGUAGAUUAUAAUUCUUUAAAGUGUUUAGCACAGAUUACUUAUUCUUUGUCUUUGUUUGGUUACAAGGCUGAUUCACUUAUUGAACAUUUUAAUGUUGCAUUAAAAAGACUUCACAAUGAUAUUUCUCCUACUAUGUCAACAACAUUAACAAAUGACUUUAAUCAGCUAUCUUUAUAUAUCAGCAUGGCUAAAUGUAUACUUAAUCCACUUUCUAAAAAUAGCAGUGAAACUGAAAAACUGUCUAUUUCGUCAUUACCCCUUGAUUAUUGGAGAUUCUAUUAUCAGUGUGGUCUUGGACUUUUAAAAAGCAAUGAAAUAAACGAUCCAAUGAUUUCUCAUGACUUGGUAGUUAGAAACAAAAUCACAAGGGAACUAUACUAUGCAUUCCUUAAUAAUAAGGAUCAGUUCAAAAAAUUAACUAUGGAUGUAUUUCAGUGUGUACAGUAUCCUAAUAGUGAUAACAGUAAUGUAUACUUUGCAGAUAUUCUGUUUAAACAGGAGUCCGAAUAUGAAGGUAAAAACAAUUACGUUAUUUGUAUUGUACAUGAAUACCGUGAUGAAGUUGCCAAAGGUCCGUUAUCUUCACUGUUAAACUUUUAUCGUGAAACACAAUGCUUACCUGUUCUGACAUUUAAUCUUCGUGAUUGGUAUUGUUUGCCUCAUGAAAAACUCAGAGCAAUGGUUGUAAAAAAAUUUCUACUAAACGUAUCUGAGAAAUUGAAUGAAAUGAAUAAUUUGAAUUUACCAGAAAUUCACACAACAAAUGCUGUUCUUCGAUUUUAA